UAAAAUACAAUUUAAAUAUUUAAACAAUCAAAACUAACAAUAGAAAUGGAAAAGAAACAAACACAAAAGAAGCCAGAUCACAAAAAUCAUAGAUACAAUGAGGAGAAAUCCCAGAAGACAGUGUCGCGUUGCCGAAUGUGACCUCGCACGCCCAACACCUUCGCGGCCUGCUCUGGUCUGCGCCACGACGGGGGACUGUAUACCUGUUGCUCCCCCAGCCCUGAUGACAUCCAGUGGCGCAGCCAUCGUCGGGCCGCCUUUGCCGGCCACUUCGUCUACAACACCGAUGAGGAGUGGCCGCCCACCACCGGCUCGCUUGGAAUCCUCGGGGGUUAAUCCCCCGCCUACGGCUCCCGCAACCGGUGGUGUAGUGCGCCGCAUGAGAUGGCAUUUAUUAAAUGAAAGUGUCAUGCGGGCCUACUUCGGGGCGACAGAGGGUGGAACCAACCUAACGGCGUAUCGGCCUAAGAUGCUGUCUUUGUUUCAGACCCUUCACCCAAGUGUGUCUGUGACUGCCCAACGUCUAUCGGAUCAAGUGCGGGUCAUACAACGGCGUCCACUAUUCCACAUGACGAGAAUCUCGUGAAAGCUGAAAAAGAAAAAUUACUAAAAUACUUAGACUUGGCUCACGAGAUUACCGCCAUGUGGCGUAUGAAAUCGACUACCAUUAUUCCGAUAGUCGUAUCGGUGAAUGGACUGAUAGCGAAGAGCUUCGACCAACAUCUUAAGAAGCUCUCGCUAAACAGUUGGAUUAAGGGCCUGAUACAAAAGGCAGUUAUUUUA